AUGUAUGGAUUUGAGUGGGAUGGCGCACACAGGUUUAGCGACGCGGAUUUGGAUCGUCCCUGUGCCAGUUGUGGUGUGAUGGUUGGCGACCAUCCUGCCAGCCAAGAAUAUUGUAGGGGAAGCAGAAUUAGAGUCGCUUCGCCCAGUCCAUCCCUUGUCGUCGGACAAGGUCUGAAGUCUACAAGGCCUAGAGUCAUUUCGAAAACCAGCAUCCCCACGGAAUUUGUGCCUCGACACAGGAAUGAUACGUCUGAUUCACUUUUCCAACCUGGUACCACGGCUAAGGCUUCAUCUGUUCCUCGUCGUUUCAUUAAUCAAGACAACCCCAAUGAGUUUCUCAUCUACACCGAUGGUUGCUGUUUGAACAAUGGCCAAGCGAAUCCAAGGGCUGGCUGCUCAGCCGUUUUCAGACCGCCAACUCAAACGCGCCAAUAUUAUGGCCGUAUGAGCUUUGCUCUCGAGAACAGAGGCCCCACUGGCGAGCCACACCCGCAAACAAGCAACCGUGCAGAGCUGCGAGCCGUCAUUGCAGCUCUGCGGCUCCGAAGCUGGGCUGGUGAGGGGUUCUGUAGUCUUGUCAUUGCUACCGAUUCUACAUAUGUGGUCAAAGGUAGCACGGACUGGGUAUGGUCAUGGAUGCAUUACGACUGGGAAACAAGAGCUGGAACGCCAGUUAAAAACCAGGACCUUUGGCUGUGUCUUUUUGCCGAGAUAGAAAAGGCGCGUAGGUCAAGGUUGAGCAUCAAGUUUUGGCAUAUUCCAAGAGGUUGGAAUGAGGUGGCAGACUUUUAUGCCAAAGAAGGGGCGGAAACAGAGAGACGUGAUCGUUUUACGGACUUGGUGUCCCCUAAGGAUUAA